GGCCGGGGACCGCGCACCUCGGGCCCGGGCUUGCGGGGGCUGCCGCUGGCCGCGAGAGCCACGGGCGGUGAGCGAAGCCGGGGGCGGGGGGAGGCCGGCCCGGGAUCAUGCGGGACCACGUCCGGGGCUGCCCAGGCGGGCUCGCGGAUCUCUCGGAGCGCUGAGCCCAGUAAGCGGAGGCCCCUCGCCCCCGGCCCGGCUCGCGCGGCGCCCCAGGCUGGGGGGAUGCCGCGCCCUCCCCACUGCCCCCGGCCUCGAAUAUGGGCGCAGCUGCCUCCAAGAGGAAGGCGCUGAGGAGUGAGGCCAUGUCCUCGGUGGCGGCCAAAGUGCGAGCAGCCCGAGCGUUUGGGGAGUAUCUGUCACAAAGUCACCCUGAGAAUCGGAACGGCUCAGAUCACCUGUUGGCUGAUGCCUUCGCUGGCCAGGACGAGUCCCCCGAGAUGCAGCCUGCCUCCCAGAACAAACGCCGCCUCUCCCUCAUCUCCGAUGGCCGCUAUGAGGGGGCUUUCUUGGAGGAGGCAGCAGGUGAGAAGGCAGCGAGCGAGGGCCCUAAGCCCAGGGUAUACACUAUCUCUGGGGAGCCACCCCUGCUGUCUGACCCCGAGGCAGAGGGCAUAGAGCUGUCAGUCAUGAAGGGCCGGCAUCGGGACGAGCACCAUCAGAGCCAACCCCUGCAGGGCUCGGGCAGCAGCGAGAGCGUCAGCCGGCCCUGCAAAAGCUGGGCUGGCAGCCGCCAGGGCUCCAAGGAGUGUCCCGGCUGCUCCCAGCUGGCCCCAGCCCCCUCCCAGCAGUCUUUCGAGCUGGACCAGCACCAGGCCCCUGAGCCCUCAGGCCGCCGCAAGAAGCUGGAGCGGAUGCACAGCAUCGACCGUGUGUCUGAUGAGGUCCCUGUCCGCACCUGGUUCCCCAAGGAGAAUCUCUUCAGUUUCCAGACUGCAACAACCACUAUGCAAGCCAUCUCGGUGUUCAGGGGCUACGCUGAGAGGAAGCGCCGGAAACGAGAGAAUGAUUCCGCAGCCGUAAUCCAGAGGAACUUCCGGAAGCAUCUGCGAAUGGUGGGCAGCCGGCGUGUGAAAGCCCAAACCUUUGCUGAGCGUCGAGAGCGGAGCUUCAGCCGGUCCUGGAGCGAUCCCACCCCCAUCAAAACCGACUCCUUCCACGACUCCCGAGACAGCCAUGACCUCCAGAACUCCUGCUGCACUCUGGAUGAGGACCUUGAAGACUUGGACUGGGAGACUGAGAAAGAACAGGAGGCUGUGGCAUGUGAUUUUGAGGACUUCAUCCCACCCAAGGUCAUGCUCAUAUCUUCCAAGGUUCCCAAAGCUGAGUAUAUCCCAACCAUCAUCCGCAGGGAUGACCCAUCCAUCAUCCCCAUCCUCUAUGACCAUGAGCAUGCAACCUUCGAGGACAUUCUGGAGGAGAUUGAGAAGAAGCUGAAUAUUUACCACAAAGGGGCAAAGAUCUGGAAGAUGCUGAUCUUCUGUCAGGGCGGCCCAGGUCACCUCUACCUACUCAAGAACAAAGUAGCCACAUUUGCCAAAGUGGAAAAGGAAGAGGAUAUGAUUCACUUCUGGAAGCGCCUGAGUCGUCUGAUGAGCAAGGUGAACCCUGAACCAAACAUCAUCCACAUCAUGGGCUGUUAUAUCCUCGGAAACCCCAAUGGGGAGAAGCUGUUUCAGAAUCUCAAGACGCUCAUGAUGCCCAAUAGGGUGGCUUUCGAGUCUCCUCUGGAGUUGUCAGCACAAGGCAAGCAGAUGAUUGAAACUUACUUUGAUUUCCGGCUGUAUCGUCUCUGGAAGACGCGCCAGCAUUCCAAGCUGCUUGACUAUGAUGACAUCUUGUGAGGCUGGACAAGGAGACUCUAGACUGCCAGCUGCUCAGCUGCCCACCAUCCCCCUCGACAGCCACUGAUCGAGACACUUUGUUUUCUGGAUGGCCUGCUCAGGGCCAGGAAGUUGCCCUCCCAGCCACAUGGAGCCCAGAGGAGGCUGUGGAGAGGCCCCAUGGCAGAGCUGCUCCCAAGGGGCCACGGCUGAGGGGCUGCACCGUGCCAGUCUGGGGCUAGGUUGUUUCUGGUGUCUCCUGCUCAGAAUUUGCCUCAGGUCCUUCCCAGACGUUCCAGAGCUCAGGUUUUCUUACAGAACCAACCCAGCGUCUGCACUAACUAACAGUGGGCUCUGAGGCCCACCAGGUAGAGCAGGGUGUGGGGGACUCUCUUCCUUGCGGGAAGUUAAACUUGGCCCCUAAGAAAAUUCAGAGGCCAGACCAGGCCUCAGCUGGAGACCCACAAGGGUCUGAAACACUUGGAAACAGAAGCUUUGACUCCUGUAGAUUUCAUAGAAAAUAAGUGCACUUUUUUAAUCACUAAAGGGAUUUAAAAGCGCAAAAUGCUAUUUAAUUAGUUAAGGUAACUCACCAGUAGAUGAAGCGUUCCAGUCUGCUAGACAGUAUAUUCAGGAUAGUGAUAUAUCUUCUAUAGACAUAUUUAAUCACCAGCAACGUGGUUUCCCUGUCGCUGGCGGCUCUGUUCUCUGUGCCUAGUCCCAAGAGCAGCUGGAGCCUGGUUUCUAUGUGCCUGGCCCUGAGGGCAGCCAGAGUCUGAUUCCUUGUAUAUGUGGCCCUAAGAGUGACUAGAGGAUGAUUUUUUUCCCCCUGUACUUGACCCUGGAAUCAACAGGAGCCUGAUUUCUUGCAUAUAUGGCCCUAAAGGUGCCCUGCACUAAUUGUAUGUGCUUUUAUUCCUCCCCUUAGAAUUGACCUCUACUUCACUAUUUGUAGAAGGCCAUAUGCCCGAGGUUUGCUCAACUCAUGUAACCAAGAAGCCUUCCCCUGGGCUGUGGCUGGGGCAAGAAGCCCUAGCCCCCUCAUUAGAAGCUUGUUGAGGCUGCUUGUCCCAGGAGGAUGUGGUCCCUUGCGCAGCAGAGGGCUGAAUCUCCUGGCUGCAGGGGACACCUAUUUACUUAAGUAUUUUGGUAACCUCCAAGGAGGAAGCUGCCAGCCUAACAAUUUUUAUUAUUUGACAAGGUUGGCCCAGAGAUCUUUGUGGCUGUUGAGUGCUGCAUUUCUUGCAUUUCUCUGGCCAUCUCUGGCUCCUUUUGCUGAGGAAGAAGUAAGCAGGUUCUAUGGCUCUGGUUUCCAAGAAGCUGGAGUCCUGGACUGGGUGCUGCCUCAGAGGAGAUAUUUCAGGAUUGGAGGUGGCCCCUUCUGAGCCCCAGAAUUUUCAUGGAGGAUGCCUGGGACCACAGGGGGAGAGAAGUGUUUAGCCUAUGUGUCUGUCUCUUCAAAGUUGGGGGGAGGCCAGAGAACACAGACAGUGUUUGGGAUGGGAACAAGGAAGGGCCUGAACUUCUUGCCACCUUAUGGGGUUCUGACUUUCAGGACCAUUCCUUAGAUGGAACUAUGUUGCUGCUAUGUGGGGGGUUUGGUGCCCUGGGGCUGGGACAGUGUAUGAUAUUAUUGAGAGAGAUGCCACAUUAAACCCUGACACAUGACCUCCUCUAUA